AUGUCUUCCAACUUGAGGCUUGUCCUGGGCACUAUGGAGAUGGGGAGGAGAAAGUUGAUAGAAGACAAAGGAUGUCAUGAUAUCCUGAAUGCCUUUCUCUCUAGAGGAUACCAGGAAAUAGACACAGCCUUUAUGUAUACUGAUGGGAAAUCUGAGGAGAUCAUUGGUCGGUAUCCUGACAAAUCAAAGUGUGUUAUUGCAACUAAAGUCAAUCCAUGGAGUCCUCAAGGUAUGAAGUAUGACAGAGUUCUUGAAGAAAUGACAAUAUCUCUUUCGAGACUUCAAGCUCCUUCAGUAGACAUUCUCUAUCUCCAUGCACCUGAUCAUAAACACACCUAUUGAGAAACACUAUCUGCUGUGCAAAAACUAUACAAAGAGGGUAAAUUUAAGGAGCUUGGACUCUCUAACUACAGCUCAUGGCAAGUGGCUGAGAUAUACUAUAUAUGUAAGCAGAAUGGAUGGGUUUUACCCACGGUCUACCAAGGGAUGUAUAAUCCUCUUACUAGGAUGGUAGAAGGUGAACUGUUUCCUUGUCUGAGGAAAUUUGGAUUAAGAUUUUAUGCUUACAAUCCACUUGCUGGUGGUAUUUUAACUGGUAAACUCCAGUAUGAUGACAAAGAUAAACCUAUCAAUGAUGGAAGAUUCUUUGGAACUGGCAAAUGGGUCCCAUAUGGUGUUAUAAUUGGAGUGAGUUCAUUGGAACAUGUAGUGGCUAAUAUAGAUGCUUGUGAGGAAGGACCUUUAGAUCAAAGAGAUCUCAGAGGUUUGGAUAAAGAUAUAGGAUGA